UGCAGUUUCUUCACAUUGUCUGUUAUGAAUAGACCGAUCUCCAAUUGAGCCUCUUCACUUUGGAGAUUUUUCGAUUUUCGAUUAUACAGCUAUUGAAAUUAGAAUGCGCCGCUUUUUUCUCUCUUAGCUUGGUGGCUCGGUUGCCUUUUCUUGAUUGACAGAUGAAAUUGACACUCGGGUUGCCUCUUAUCAAGCGAAGCAUUUCAAUCCACCGCUAAUUGCAGAUAUAGUGCCAUCCUUUCUUUUCAGCGCGUUUGAUUGCAUUGGAAUACAGCCUCCUAUUGCGCACAAGAGGAAUGAUCGAUCAUAUAUAGUGUUUUUUCUCCUAAUUGCAUUAAAUUUCCUUUUGUUGCCAGGGUUUAAAUGCAGGAGAAACUGUUAUUCGUUGUUUUGGACCGGAUAUAGUGUGGGUUGGGGCAGAGAUGCGUAAUGCGCAGAGCAAACUCCAUCUUCUCUCCAAAUAGGCAACGCGCAAGACCCGAAAAUGUCUAAGUCGGAGGUGAAGAAGGAGUCCGGUGAGUCCAGUCCGUCGGAGGCCGCCUGUCUCUGCUCUCCUCCCGUGGCCAAGACCCAGUGCGCCAGCUGCGGCAUGGAGAUCCAUGACCGGUACCUGCUGAAGGUCAACAACCUGAACUGGCACUUGGGGUGUUUGGAGUGCUCCGUCUGCAGAGCGUCGCUGCGCCAACACAGCAGCUGCUACGUGAAAAACAAAGAAAUCUAUUGCAAACUGGAUUAUUUCAGUAGGUUUGGCACUAAGUGCGCCCAGUGUGGCCGACAGGUGUAUGCCAGUGACUGGGUGCGGCGAGCCCGGGGCAGCGUGUACCACCUGGCCUGUUUUGCCUGUUUCUCCUGUAAAAGACAGCUGUCCACCGGGGAGGAGUUCGGCCUGGUGGAGGGCAGGGUGCUCUGCCGCAGCCACUACGACAUCAUGCUGGACAACCUCCGCAGGGCUGCUGAGAAUGGUACAGGACUGACUCUGGAAGGAGCGUUGCCCUUGGAUCAGGACUGCCAACCAAAACCAGCCAAGAGGGCGCGGACAUCGUUCACUGCUGAGCAACUGCAGGUGAUGCAGACACAGUUUGCUCAGGACAACAACCCUGAUGCUCAGACUUUACAGAAACUGGCAGAAAUGACAGGACUGAGCAGACGAGUCAUACAGGUUUGGUUUCAGAACUGUCGCGCACGACACAAAAAGCAGCCCCCUCAGAGCAGCUUCUCUCAGAGUGCGCCACUGUCCAGGAUGCCCCCAUCACUGCCAGAAGAUAUCCACUAUUCACCGUUCAGUGGCCCAGACCGACCACAUCUACUGGCCCUGCACGGAUACCUGGACACUCAUCCUUUCUCCGUCCUCGCUGCUCCGAGCCACUUGACCCAUUCGUCCAUCUCUUUACCACAGCUUCCCAUCAGCCGCUGACCUCCUGCUUCAACCUUUCCUUUGUCACUACUCUGAUGAAGAUGCGAUGACAAAAAUCCUUUGGGACAUACUGCCAGUAUUUGGCUCUGUUUGGGAGUCUAAUCCUCAAGCAGCAGGACCUCGACAGUCUGUUUUAAAUCAGUCGGAUUCUUCGUUGUGAGACUGCAGAGCUGUGGCAGUGGGAGACACAUGGGAGUUUUUUAAAACCUUUUUGUUUUUAUGAUGCCGAGAAGAAGACCACUUUUAUUUCAUUUUUCUUUUUGACGGGAACAAAACAAUGCAUCAGGUCAGGAUUUGAUUUCCCUUUUUUGUACCCACUCACAAACUAUUUUAAAUUUAUUGCUGCAAUAUGAGCUUGCAAAAAAAUUAAAAAACAAGUGUUGUAGCAGUAUUACAGUAAAACCUCAGCCUUUUUAUUAUUUUGUAUUGGUGAUGAGCACAUUGGCAACUUCACUGUUGUUUGCUGUUGUAUUGUUGUCAGAAAAUGGAAACUUAUUUAUUCAGAACAAAACUUCACUUUGAAAAGCACUUUUAAAUGUGUCUUGAAAUAGAAUAAUUCAGUGAUUGUACAUUGUAAAUACUGCUACG